AUGAACGAUCGACAAAUAUUUAUCGGUAACCUAUGCAAUAUCUCCAGCGAUAUUUUACGUGUGUAUUGCGAAAAAUUUGGCACACUUACAGAAUUAUCCAUAAAUCGCGAUAAGGAAAAUAAUGUUUAUCAUUGUUUUGCUUUUGUUACUUUUCAAAAAACUCAUAGUAUAUCCGACUUUAUGUCCAAUCGGCCACAUAUUAUCAAUGGUGAUGAAGUUUUCGUUAAACGUGCGUUACCACGUUUGACAGCAAAUCCAUAUCCACAAGAUAAAACUCUUCUUCAAAAUUAUUUCCGCAAAUAUGGUCGAAUAAAAAAGAUCGAUCUCGAGAAUGGAAUUAUUGACUAUGAAGAUUAUGAUGAUGUCGAUCGUGUUCUAUUGGCUCGUCCACAUUACAUUCGUGAUGAAGAAAUCUCUGUAACCAAAUAUUCUCCAGCCGAACAACAAGAAGAUUCCGAUAAUCAUCAUCAUCAUCAACGUUCUCAUCGUCGUCAUCGAUCAAAACAUCAUAAUCAUAAUGAACAGUCGGAGCGAAUAAUUCGAUUUUCGAAGCAUUCAGGAGCUCAACAAAAUCAUUUAGACAAUACGGCUUUCGGUCAGGAAAUGAUGAAUCAUAACGGAAAGAAAGAACAGGAAGAUGAAGAAGAAGAAGUAGAAGAUGGAGAAACAAAUGAUUCGAGUAUUCGAUAUGAACAACUUGAAGAACAAUUUCAAGAAUAUAAACAAGCAAAAGAAAUUGAAAUUUGCAGUUUACGAAUGGAUUUAGAACAUACAAAACAGCAAUUAGCCGAUUUAACACAGGAAAAACUUGAUCUUCUCAUCAAAAAACAACAAUUAUUUCACAAUGAAUUAACUCUUCGUCUUUUUCCCGAACGAAUCUCAAUGCAAACUCAAACUAUCGAUGAUUUGUAUCAAUCACCAUCAGAACAUUCGAACAAAAAACGCAAACUAUCACUAUCACCAUCGAUCAAUCGUGAAUUCGAUUAUUAUUCUUAG